AAACAAUACUUGGUUGAAUAUGCAGCUCUUGAGCGAGUCGCUCCGCUCUCCUUAUCUUUUUAAAUGCAAAUCUUUGGCUGUGCGAGUUAGUUGACGUCACCUGCCUUUAGUUUGCCAUUACUAAUAGAAGCUUGUAAACAAUCGUUAAUCAUGUGGGACACGGGCGGAUCGCCCUGAUAUCCUUUGGAGAGACACUGCUAUAGGCAAACCGGGAAAAAAAGGAAUAAUCUGGAUUUCUCCAAAACAGCAUGCCGAUUGCUCCCUGUCGCCAACAUGUACGUGAGCUAUCUUUUGGAUAAAGACAUGAGCAUGUACUCGGGGUCCGUCCGGCAUUCUGGCAUCAAUCUGGGCGCUCAGAAUUUUGUCAGCCCGCCACAGUACCCGGACUAUGCCGGCUAUCAUGUCCCCGGGGUAAAUUUGGACAAUCACCCGCAAUCUUCCGGAUCCUGGCCUUCUCCCUAUGGUCCUUCCCGGGAGGACUGGGGUGCUUACGCUGCGCCUGCGAACCCGGUCCAUGCCCUCAAUACUUCACCAGGGACUCUGUCUUACAACCCUGCAGAUUAUAAUUCGGUUCAGACCUCGGGAGCUGCCUCCAUGCAGCCUUUAAACAAUAACCUUCUGGAACAACCUUCUCCCAACAGCCAAAGACGGAACCCUUACCAAUGGAUGAGGAAACCAAAUCAACAGCUAUCAGCUACUGAUAAAACAAGAACAAAGGACAAAUAUCGAGUGGUGUACACGGAUCACCAGAGACUGGAGCUCGAGAAAGAGUUUCAUUACAGCCGCUACAUCACGAUCCGGCGCAAAGCGGAGCUGGCAGCUAACUUGGGGCUUUCUGAGAGGCAGGUAAAGAUUUGGUUUCAGAAUAGAAGAGCAAAAGAGCGAAAACUAACGAAAAAGAAGUUGCAACAGCAGUCCCAACAGGGCUCGGCCCAGCUGAGUCCAGCUCCUCCCGGGACGGCCGCUUCUCUUUCGGUAACUAACGGCGGAAUACUGGCUGCCAACAGCGGUGUUUUACCUGGCACGGUCUCUCAGUGAACUUCCUUCAGAUUUUCAGAGAGACAGAGAGACACAGGGGGAGAGAGUGAGAACCCGCAUCUCCGUAUACCGGGAGCUCCACAUUUAUCAGUAGCCAACAAAGAGUCUUUACAGCACUCCAGGGAUACAUUAUGAAAGCAUUGGACAUUUUUAUAUCUGACAUUGUUUGGACAUUUCAUUGCAGACUUGAAGAAGCAGCCAUGAGAUUCUGAUCGCUAAACAGCACUGAGGAUCUGCCACGGGCAUACCGACAAUGUGAAUCGACUGUAACUUGGAUUCUCUUGUUCUGUUUUCUGGUUAUAAAAAUACUGACAUGUUCUGUUUAACAUAGCCGCCAACGGUUAUUGGGUCUCAGAAACACAAUCAGUUGCAUUUCGAUAUUUGAAAUGUGAAUUUCGUCCCUCUUCAGAAAUGCUCCUGAAUUGAAUUGUACUUAUUUUAAUUACUUUUGUCAGCUUUGGAUGUAUAUAAGUUGGUAUUUCCUCAUUUAAAGAUACUUUUGUAAAUCUAAUAAGCUAGUUGUAAACAAACCAGUUUAUUACAUUGUAGAUUUGAAA